GUUACCGAAGAAAAUACAUCAGUCACUGCACAAUAAAAGCCCAAGGAUUCGUAUUGCAGAGCUUGUAACAGUUUACCAGCCUUUAGUACCUCGGCAACGCUUUGGCUCAUCUGUUUCUUCGGUCAGUGCAGUACAGGUGACACGACACUAUGGAACCUGCAAUCACCAUUCUGUGCAUCAUCGCUUCUGUAACGAGCGGCGUGCUGUCAAUGCCCGAGGCUCUGGUUUCGUACAACAGACUUCAAGAGCGUAUGCGGCAGCUAGCGGAGGACUUCAACGCUCUUGAAGGUUCAUUCAAGCCUGCACACUGCACAUACAUUCUUCACAACGGCCAACACACAAGCGGGGUGUACACCGUUUUCCAUAAGGCAGCCGGCAAUUCAGGACAGAAGGUAUACUGCGACAUGGACACUGACGGCGGAGGUUGGACAGUUAUCCAACACCGCGGACAGUACGGAAAUCCUGUGUACUACUUCUACCGAAACUGGACCGAGUACGCCAACGGAUUCGGAAAUCCCGCUGAGGAAUACUGGAUCGGCAACAAUGCACUCCACGCUCUCACAUCCGGUGAUGAGAAGAUGGUCCUACGAAUUGUACUGAGCAAUAGUACGAAAGAAACUGUGUCUCUUGACUACAAGAAUUUCACAGUGGGUAGUGAAGAAGAAUAUUUUAGGCUUCAAGUGGGAGAUUACACAGGAAAAAAAGGUUGGAACGCAAUCGGGCUAGCUUCUGGCCACAAGUUCUCAACCUUCGAUCGUGACAAUGACGGCUCCAUUGGUAAUUGCGCUUUCCGCUUCCGUGGCGGAUGGUGGUACGAUAAUUGUCUAGGUGGCAACCUAAACGGGCUCAAUCUUAACGGGCCGCACGAUAGUAUGGGCGACGGCAUUGACUGGAACACGCGGGAAACUCCGUACCACUACUCUUAUCCAAACGUUCGAAUGAUGAUCCGACCGGCAGGGAAACACUAAUUGGUCAGCACUGUCUGAUCGGCUCGUCUUAAAGGACGUCCACUGCUCUAUU